AUGGCAUUUCGUUGUCUUUCAGGCUUGAUCAUCUCCACACCAACGGGUAGUACCGCUUAUUCCAUGUCGUCAGGCGCGUCCAUAAUUCAUCCAUCUGUUCCUGCUAUCCUCGUCACACCAAUUAAUGCUCAUUCAUUGAGUUGUAGACCUCUUGUACUUCCCUUCUGUUCCCAGCUGGAAGUCUCGAUUGCGCCGGAUGGUCGAGCCCAGUGUAUUCACCUCUCAAAUGACGGACGUCUUCGACAACAUCACAUCAUCCACAAGACGGAUCGGGUGAUAUUCACUGCUUCGAGCUAUCCUGUUCCAUGCUUUGGCAGCGAAAAUCCGGUUGCCGAUUGGUUUAGCGACUUGGCAAAUUGUCUCAAUUGGAAUGCUCGACAUCGACAGAAUGAGGUUAGGAAUUCCGGACUUAAUUCUGAACGGUUUUAUGAGCCUCAGGUCGGUAAUAAUGACAACAGCUGCAACUCGGAAUCGCAUAAAUGA